UGAUGAGAAAGAGGAGGAGGAGGAUAAUCAUCAGGGAGAUGCUCCUCAUGCCAUUGAGACAGUUAGCACAGAUUCGAUCUCUGAUGAAGCUGGGACCAGGGGAAAGGUCAAGAACAAGAGCAGGCCAAAAUGCAAGGCUACUAAAACUAAAGAAUCUGAGGUGCUCGGCAAGUUACUGACCCGUGCCGAUAAAUUGGCCAAAAUCCGCAAUGCUCCUGCCAAAGAAAUGUCUCCACACGAGCAGCAGGUUGAGACGUACAUGGGGUAUAUGAAAACACAGAUACAACUUAUUCCAUGUGAAAACUGGUACCAGUUUACAAUAGACAACAUGAGACUGGUACAAUCGUAUGUGGUCAGACACUCUGCAUCAACUGGCCAUCAUGCAGCACCUAACCAGUCCGAAUUAUAUACUCAGAGUUCUUCUCAAGGUUACCGGAUUUUUCCGUCACAUCGCUACUCCCAACUCUCCACUCUCACGCCUAUGUCGCCUCUGUUGAGUGUGUCUGGAGGCUCCGAACAUCAGAAGCCCUACAUACAAUCCCCCUAUCGCAGUUUCCCGACCGGCACCCAAGAUUGCCGUCUAUCGCCAACUCCUACGUUUGCAAGUUUACCGACCCAGGGGAGGUACAUAUCUGUAGAAACACCGAGCUCGGGUGGAUCCUUGGCUUCAUAUACGGCCACUAUGCCCAUUGACGUUGAGUCUACAGAAGACAUAUCCCCCACUUCAAAGUUGAGCCGAGCAAAUAAAAUCUACACCAAUUUAGAGUAAAU